UUGGUUUUAUUUAGAGGCGGUGCCAUCGAACGGCAGAAGGCUGUUUGACAGCGCUGGGUACGACUCUCCGAGCUCUAGGGUAGCGAGAAAGCAACGUUUUAUUCCUGAUCCCGCCAUACUACCACCAGCAGUUUAAUCCAACACCAAACUAUUGCAAUAAUUUUCAUCAAGGGUGUUUUGCAUUGGCCGCUUCUUUAUUCUCUCUUCCUGUUUCCCAAGCGCUUGGCUCUCCGCUCUACGGUUCGUGUGGCUGAUCCAGCAUUCUGAGCUUAACUUUUUUUUCUCUUUUCUUUUUUUUUCUUUCUUUCUUUUUUUAUCAUUAGCAGCAUUUCUCGUUUUAUUAUUGCGAACGACUGGUGUCUUUUUUAUUAUUUUGUUUUGUUUUAUUUUUAUUUUUAUUUUUUUAUUAUUAUUGUUAUUUUAUUUUAUUUUUUGGUUUGGGACCCGUAUCGUGCUAUAGUCAUCCAACAUGAACAAGCUGUACAUUGGGAAUCUGAGCGAAAGCGUGACACCCGAAGACUUGGAAAAAGUCUUCCAUGACUCUAAGAUUUCCUUCACCGGGCAGUUUUUGGUGAAAACUGGCUACGCAUUUGUCGAUUGCCCCGAUGAGCAGUGGGCAAUGAAAGCCAUCGAGGCAUUCUCUGGGAACGUGGAGCUCCACGGAAAACGCAUAGAAGUGGAACACUCUGUCCCCAAAAAGCAAAGGACUCGUAAAAUCCAAAUCCGGAAUGUUCCCCCACACCUGCAAUGGGAGGUACUGGAUGGUCUGUUGGCCCAGUAUGGGACUGUGGAUAACUGUGAACAAGUGAACACAGAGAGCGACACUGCCGUGGUUAACGCGACGUACGGCACACGGGAUCAAGCCAGACAGGCGAUUCAGAAGCUGAACGGAUACCAGUUUGAGAACAACUCCCUACAGGUCUCCUACAUCCCUGAUGAGCAGUCCGCACAGGGGGGCCAGCAGGGGCCCGACAACGGGAGGAGGGCGGGCUACGGCUCCCGAGGGAACCCCAGACAGGGCUCUCCCGGAGCAGGGGGCCCCCACAAACAUCAGCACGCAGACAUCCCCCUGAGAAUGCUCGUACCCACACAGUACGUGGGGGCCAUCAUCGGGAAGGAGGGGGCCACCAUCAGGAACAUCACCAAGCAGACCCAGAGCAAGAUCGAUGUGCACCGCAAGGAGAACGCCGGCGCUGCCGAGAAGCCGAUCAGCGUCCACUCGACUCCCGAGGGCUGCUCUGCCGCCUGCAAGAUGGUCCUGGAGAUCAUGCACCAGGAGGCCAAGGACACCAAGACAGCGGAGGAGGUACCCCUGAAGAUCCUCGCUCACAACAACUUUGUGGGGCGUCUGAUCGGCAAGGAGGGGAGGAACCUGAAGAAAGUGGAACAGGACACUGACACAAAGAUCACCAUCUCACCGCUGCAAGACCUCACCCUGUAUAAUCCCGAGCGCACCAUCACUGUAAAGGGCCCCAUUGAGGCGUGCUGCCAGGCCGAGGAGGAGAUCAUGAAGAAAGUGAGGGAGGCGUAUGAAAACGACAUUGCUGCCAUGAACCUCCAGGCUCACUUGAUCCCAGGUUUGAACCUCAACGCUCUGGGUCUUUUCCCCCCAUCCACCACCUCCGGCGUACCUCCGCCACUGCAAGGGAACUCAGCUGCCGCCGCCCCCUACGGGUCAUUCGGGCAGACCCCAGAGCAGGAGACAGUCCACGUAUUCAUCCCUGCACAGGCUGUGGGGGCCAUCAUCGGCAAGAAGGGCCAGCACAUCAAACAGCUGUCCCGCUUCGCAGGGGCCUCUAUCAAGAUCGCCCCCCCUGAGGCUCCAGACUCCAAGAUGAGGAUGGUGAUAAUUUCUGGACCUCCAGAGGCUCAGUUUAAGGCACAGGGCCGGAUCUACGGGAAGCUGAAGGAGGAGAAUUUCUUCGGCCCCAAAGAAGAGGUGAAGCUGGAGACGCACAUCAAGGUGGCAGCCUCGGCCGCGGGGAGGGUCAUCGGCAAGGGGGGCAAGACGGUGAACGAGCUCCAGAACCUCACCGCUGCAGAGGUGGUGGUCCCGAGAGAGCAGACCCCCGAUGAGAACGAGCAGGUCAUCGUCAAGAUCAUCGGACACUUCUAUGCCAGCCAGCUGGCUCAGCGCAAGAUCAGAGACAUCCUGGCGCAGGUGAAGCAGCAGCAGAAAGGAGGGGCUCACCAGCAUCACCAGCAUUCCCAGCAACAGCCUGAGGGGGAGGAGGAGGAGGCAGUGCCCCAUCCCUCUCCUCCCCAGCCACAGCAGCUUGAGCAGCAGGCGGGGCGAAGAAAGUGAGGCGACAGGGAGCAGGGCGAACACAGAGAGAGAGAGAGAGAGAGAGAGAGAGAGAGAGAGAGAGAGAGAGA